AUGAUCGUGGGCUACAGGAACGGAUGGUCUAACAUGCCCCGAUCCACAAUCGAUGGGGAUGUGGUGGAGUGGUUCGAGAGCCCCCCCCAGCACGUCACUACAGAAUUACAGGCCCCCCAGCACAUCACUACGGAAUUACAGCCCCCCCAGCACAUCACUACGGAAUUACAGCCCCCCAGCACAUCACUACGGAAUUACAGGCCCCCCAGCACAUCACUACGGAAUUACAGCCCCCCCCAGCACAUCACUACGGAAUUACAGCCCCCCCAGCACACCACUACGGAAUUACAGCCCCGCCCCCCAGCAUAUCACUACGGAAUUACAGCCCCCCUUCCCCAGCAUAUCACUACGGAAUUACACCCCCCCCAGCACAUCACUACGGAAUUACAGCCCCCCAGCACAUCACUACGGAAUUACAGCCCCCCAGCACAUCAUCUGGCCAUGGAAUUACAGCCCCUCCCCAGCACAUCACUACGGAAUUACAGCCCUCCCCCACCAGCACAUCACUACGGAAUUACAGCCCCGCCCUCCCAGCACAUCACUACGGAAUUACAGCCCCCACCCCCCAGCACAUCACUACGGAAUUACAGCCCCCACCAGCACAUCACUACGGAAUUACAGCCCCCCCCAGCACAUCACUACGGAAUGUUCAGUCCCCCCCCCCCCAGCACAUCACUACGGAAUUACAGCCCCCUCCCAGCACAUCACUACGGAAUUACAGCUCCCAGCACAUCACUACGGAAUUACAGCCCCCUCCCAGCACAUCACUACGGAAUUACAGCCCUCCCCAGCACAUCACUACGGAAUUACAGCCCCCCAGCAUAUCACUACGGAAUUACAGCCCCCCAGCAUCACUACGGAAUUACAGCCCCCCAGCACAUCACUACGGAAUUACAGCCCCCUUCCCAGCACAUCACUACGGAAUUACAGCCCCCCAGCACAUCACUACGGAAUUACAGCCCCCCAGCACAUCACUACGGAAUUACAGCCUCCCCCAGCACAUCACUACGGAAUUACAGCCCCUCCCCCUGCACAUCACUACGGAAUUACAGCCCCCCUGCACAUCACUACGGGAAUUACAGCCCCAGCACAUCACUUCGGAAUUACAGCCCCUCCCAGCACAUCACACGGAAUUACAGCCCCCCAGCACAUCACUACGGAAUUACAGCCCUGCACAUCACUAUGGAAUUACAGCCCCAGCACAUCACUAUGGAAUUACAGCCCCCCAGCACAUCACUAUGGAAUACAGCCCCCCCAGCACAUCACUACGGAAUUACAGCCCCGCCCCUUUCUUCCAGUAUAUAG